GGAAGGGCCUUGGGAAAGUCCCUUCACACACUGGUUGAGAACACCCAGUAGAUGCAGAGCUGGAGGAGAGCUGAGCUGCGCCUAUGUUCCUCUUGAGGGGGGUCUUGAGGGCGGGGCCCCCGGCUUACACACACACACACACACACACACACACGCACGCACGCACGCACUCACUCAGAUCAGUCACAAGAGGAGGGUCCCUAGGUGCGGAGAGGUGCUGGCUUGCUCUUCUCUCCAGGAUUUCUCUUCCCUGGAGGGCUGUGCCCCUUUCACCAUGGUAACUGAGUGGGCUGUGCUCCCAGGAAGGGACAUCUACCCCUCCCCCAAGCACUCGGAGGGCACAUAAUACUUAUAUGCCAAAUCGGGAAUUUGUCGGUGGGCAGGUGGCAUCAUCACUAAAAGGAAUGUUCCCUACUUUCCCCACUAUGGUGAUAAACGAAUAAAAGCCAAACAGAUGAAAAAUACAGUCUUCACGAUAUUUAGUUUCGCUACAUUCAUCUUAGUUCUGAGUUUUAAGAAAUGUCAGGGACCUGUAUAUGCAAGAUUUAUAGUGCUUGUAGUUCCUCUCAAUCUUUUCCUCCCUUCCAUUUCGCCUACAAAUCCCCCCUUCUUCCAAGAGGACAGUGAAUCAGAGCUUUGGCAGCACGCUUCAUGGAACAGCAUCAACCCUAGGACAGAAUUCCCCUUAGCCCUGGCUCUGCCAAGAGCACGUACACAACCAACCGAGGAGGUGGGGCUAGUGGUGAAAACUGUCCGCGCAUUUUCGUCCCAUUUCCCUGGGAAGCCGAGGGGACAGCGGGUGGCUGGAGGAAGUUCAUCUGCGGGCGACCCCGCCUUCACCAUCCGCGCUUCCUUUCCCUUCUCGCACCAUCGCAAGGGCUCUGUGUUUUCCUCAUUCACCUUUUUUUUUUUUUCCCCUCUUGUCCCCGCGGGAACAUAAGCACCGCGAGGCUGGGCGCGAGUCGGGACUCAGGGCGAGAGGAGCUCGGUCGGCGUCCAACGGCAGGGUGGUGGGAUCCUGUCCUUACAUGUUUGAUGUUUUGCUCAUCAUAAACUUUUUUUGCAUUAACAUCAGAAUACUUUUUUUUUUUUCAGAAUACUAUUUAAAUUGACCACUGAACUUUUUUUUUUUUUUUUUGGCUCUAAAUCUUUUAAAAUGAGUCCCGCGCGAAUGCCUCACCCAUCCCGGGCAGGAAGUUGAAACUGUUUUGCUCGCUACUGAAUCCCAGUGCCGGGCACAGUAAUACUCUGGUUCUCCGAAUAAAACAUUCUUUAAGAACCGCCCCUAAUUUCUUGCAGGAACCCUCUCUGCCAGGGCGCAGUACUUCGGGGCAAACCUCGAGAAAGAACAGGGCCCAGGUCUCCCCAACGCUGGAUCCCUGCCCCCUACAGAUCGAACCGCUCUUACCUUUCCUCGCUGGUGGGACCCCUGGGGCAGGUGUCCUUCUGCCGCAGGUGUCCUCCCCCGCAGGUGUCCCCGCGCCCGGCCAUGGUGGACGUGCUGGGCGGGCGGCGCCUGGUGACCUGCGACGGCGCGUGGGUGGAGGCCGAGGCGGCGCUGCAGAACAAGGUGGUGGCGCUAUACUUCGCCGCGGGCCGGUGCGCGCCCAGCCGCGACUUCACGCCGCUGCUCUGCGACUUCUACGAGGAGCUCGUGGACGAGGCGCGGCCGCCGGCGCCCUUCGAGGUGGUCUUCGUGUCCGCCGACGGCAGCGCGCAGGAAAUGCUGGAAUUCAUGCAGGAACUGCAUGGUGCCUGGCUGGCGCUGCCCUUCCACGACCCCUACCGGCAGUUCACAACCCUGAGGGCAACAGAUAAGGGAAAUCAGAUUACUGCUAACCUGAGGCCCUGGCAAGCUGGUAACAGGAAGGGAUUUGCACCCAGCUGUCCUGUCCUGAGGGCGAUAAUCCCUGUGAAGGUUAUGGGGAGAUGUGCAAAACUGAGAAGGCAGACACUCCUUUCCCUAAAUGAAUACAAAUAAUUUUGUAAAAUGGUCACACAAGGGGUUAUUACAUGUGAAGGUAAAAUGUUUCACCCAUAGUGUUAAUCAGCAUGUCCUUGAAUUUACAGGGUAGAAAGUCUAGUAAGCCUUUGCAUUUGUCUAAAACUUAUGGAAUUUUAACUUUUACCAUUAUAGGUACCUGAUGUAUUUAAACCUCUUGAGAUGUAGGAAGGAUCCAAAUUUAUUGGGUUAUUUGUGGGUUUAAAAUUACACUGUGUCAUUCGGCAGCCACUAGCUACAUGUGACUACUUAAAUUUAAAAUAGACUGAAAUAGGGAAUUCCCUGGUGGUCUAGUGGUCAACUUCCCUCAUGUCUUAGUGGGUAAAGCAUCUGCCUGCAGUGCAGGAGACCAGGGUUUGAUCCCUGAGUCGGGAAGAUCCCCUGAAGAAGGAAACGGCAACCCACUCCAGUAUUCUUGCCUGGAAAAUCCCAUGGACAGAGGGGCCUGGUAGGCUACAGUCCAUAGGGUCUCAAAGAGUUAGACACUACUGAGCGACUUCACUUUCUUUUCACUUUCUAGUGGUUAUGACUUGGUGCUCUUACUUCCAUGGCUGGGUUCAAUCCCUGGUUGGGGAACUAAGAUCCUGCAAGCUGCUUGGCACAGCCAGAAAAUACAUAAACAAACAAAUAAAAUGAACUAAAACCAAAAAUUCAAUUCCUCAGGCUCACCAGCCAGAUUUCAAGUGCUCAGUCAUCACGGGUGACCAUGGCUAUGACGCUGAGUAGCACAGAUGCAGAACGGUUCCAUCACCGGAUGCUCCUCUGGGACAGCAUUGGCUGAGAACCAGCCAGCAGCAAGAAGAGCCCACAGGAAUCCUCAGCCCAGUGGGAGGGCUCACUGGGCGGGCUGGGUGCUAAGGCUUUGCGGGCUCAGCUGGCUCUGGGGAGGCGCCGGUCCCUGCAGACGUGCGGUGGCCUGGCCUGUCCCACACUGACCCUCUGCUGCCCUCUUCUCUCCCACAGCGAGCUGAGGACCAGGUACCACAUCACGGCCAUCCCCAGGCUUGUGAUCCUGAAGCCCAGCGGGGAGGUCAUCACCGACAAAGGGCGGAAGCAGAUCCGGGAGCGGGGGCUGGCCUGCUUCCAGAACUGGGUGGAGGCAGCGGA